UUAAAUUUUAUUUCUCAAAAAUAAUGUUUUCCUCCAUUUCCAGUUACUCAGUCGAAUGUGGUGAUAACAUCGUGUGUUUUCAAUUUAGAAUAUUUGCAUUCAUAAAAUGCCAAGAAAAUGUUUGACAACUCAUCCUGGCACAAGAAAAUAUGGCACUAAAUCUAAUUACACCAAUUCUACACUUCAAGAGGCUUUAGCCAAAAUUAAAUUAGAAAAAAUGUCGAUUGGUGAAGCUUCUAAAAUUUAUAAAGUACCUAAAGCAACAUUAUUUUAUAAGCUAAAAAGUAAACACUGUAAAUCAGUAGGGCGCCCUAUUGCCCUUAGCAUUGAUGAGGAACUUUGUUUUGAAAAUUACUUACUUUAUUUAAGUGACAAAGGAGUUAAUGAAUUUAAAAGUAUUGUCAAAAUCUAUCUAGAUGAUAGUGGAAAAAAUAUACAACAGUUUAAAGAUAACCAACCAGGUUGGGAGUGGUGUAAACUUUAUCUUGACAGGCAUCCAUCAUUAAAAGAAAAAGUAUCUCAUUGUAUUUCAAGGAAACGUGCACAGAUUAAUUAUUGUCAAAUAAAAUUAUUUUUUCAAAAUCUAGAGAAGGAAUUAAAUGGAGUAACGCCAGAUAACAUUUACAAUAUGGAUGAAACAGGGUUUCAUGAUGACCCUGGAAAAAAAAAAACUUAUUUUUCGUUGAUCCUCUCGCCAUCCAGAACUUAUAAGAAAUACAACAAAAACUUGUUACACUGUUGUUUUUUGUGGAAAUGCCUCAGGAAUACUAAUUCCACCAUUUUUCAUUGUUAAAGGAAACCACAGUUGGUCUGACUGGCUUUUCAAUGCACCAGAAGGAUCAAGAAUGGCAACUUCUUGCAGUGGCUGGAUGGAAAUUCAAAUAUUUGAAGAGUGGCUGUUAAAUCACUUUAUUCCAAAUAUUAUAAAUAAGGAAGGUAAAAAAAUUCUGAUUUGCGAUAAUUUAAGUGCUCAUAUAUCUUUAAAAGCCUUAAAUACAUGUGAAAAGCAUAGUAUAACAUUUUUAUGUUUGGUACCCAAUUCCACACACCUUUUACAACCUUUAGAUGUUGGAUAUUUCUCGAGUUUAAAAGCUGAUUGGAGGUCAGUUCUUAAUCAAUGGCGUAAAACAUCCAGAGGAAAAAAGGUUAAUAACCUGCCAAAAAAUUUGUUUACGCAGCUCAUUAAAUCUACUCUUAAAGUUGGUAAAGAAAAUCUAGAACAUAAUCUCCAAGCAGGAUUUGAGGCUACUGGCAUAUCCAUUUGUACCAGAACAUGUUCUCUCCAAAUUACCCAGUUUUACAAAUAUAAAUAUUCAACUCAAUAUUGGAGAAUCGUUUAGGAAUUAUGUUGAUGAUAUUCAUCUUAAUUAUGAAGUAAGCAAAAAAUUUAAGUUACCAAUAACAGCAGGGAAAAGUGUAUCAGCCACUGAGGUAGAAGCAUACUAUAAGGAAAGAGACAA